AUGGUACAUGUGAAUAACGAAGUUGGCAAGAAUGACCUGCUGAAGGCAGUUAUUGCAGAAAUUGUAACCAAUAUCGUUGAUUUGAUAUGUAGGGGAUGUAUGUCGUUCGAUUACCCUUUUGAUCGUUCCAAUAUUGUCGAUCCAACAAGUUUUAGAAUCGAUCAUUCCGCAAGAAACAAUGAUAAAUUUUCGGAAAGCGCAUUUGCUGUUCAUUCGAGCAGUGAUAGUUCGGAUGAUGAAUUCGAUAGAAUUUUGAAAAGUAUUCGACGACAAAUAUCACUGCAAAGAGAUGAGGAAGAUGAUGAUAUAGAAGUUGCAGUUUCAGCGAAAACAAAUGCAAAACCUGUUGAGCAUGAGUAUGAUAUUAUGCCUGCUAUCGAGGAGCUCAGGAUUCAUGUGGAGGAAGAUAUUCUACUGGAACAGUUUGGAAGAAUUGUGAAUAUCGUCGACAGAUUAAUAGUGAUUGAAGCUAAUUCAAAUAUUGCACUUGAUUUUGAUACUGUAAUUUUCGAUGCUGAGCGCAACGCUGUGGGACGGAUUACUGUGAUGUAUACCUUAUCAGUAUUAUCUUGGUAUGAUCUUUACUCGCUUUCGUCUUCAAGUUGCGGAAUAUUUGACAUUUUCGGGCCGGUUGCUAAACCAAUGUAUGCAAUUCUUUUUAACGAUAUUAAGGAAGCAAAUGAGAGGAGAGUGGGUAGUGCAAUGUACUAUGCCCCAGCUGCUUCCCAGUUCACUCAUGCAAUAUUCACGGAGAAGUUGAGACAGCAAGUUUUUCAUUAUUUGAAUGAACACGCAGUGACAGUUUUUGAGAUAGUACUGCGUAACAUCGCAAGUGAACAUGCAAUAAUAAGUAUUUGAGAGAAGGCAACUGAUGGCUGUUGGGAUGGUGAAGGUGAAUGUCCUGAUGACAUGCUAGCAUUUAGUGAUGAUGAAACUGAACAACGGUAUAAAGCGAAGCAUCGAUCUCUGAAGGUCUAUAGAGGUCAGCAUAUGUUUGAUAGCCCUAAAAACAAGAAAGCACGAUAUUCGUCAAAGCGUGGUCGGUCAAAAUGUAGAAAUAGGAGACAUAACAUAACGCGGCAGUUUCGAAAUGGUUUCGAACAAUAUGGUGGUAAUGCAGCAGGAAUCAAUUUCGAACACAGGAAUUCGAUGCAACAGUCAUCUCUUUGGUCAGCAGCGGUGAAUAAAAAUGGAUUUCGGCGGCUUCAAUCAGACCUCCGUUUGACGUCUUUGGGGAUUCCAGAAUGCCCAAAUUAUUCAUUCUUUGAAAGAAACAUGGAUUCAAGGCAACAACCGAGCAAAAAUAGUAGUCGAUGUAAUGGUAAGGAUAUGAUGAACUUUGAAAGGGAUUCGGCUGCCUUGUUAACAACGGUCAGUGCCGUGGCAGUAAAUAUGGCUCCGAGCAAUACUGCUUGA